CACAGAGUGAAGACGUAAUCUUGGGCAGAAAUAAAUUGAUUUGAUUGUUUUUUAUGGUUUUAAUAAAAAUGAUUAAUAUAAACAGUAAUUCCCUUUAAAAUUACGUUUCUUGGAUUCCUUCCAUCUCAGCACUGCCCGUGUUAAAAAGCAUUACUUUUUAGGGCUCCUUCUGGUACAUAUUAUCUAUGUUCUGGUGCAGUCGUGAAAUUAGGCAAAAAUUGUGAUUUUGAAGUUACAGAUCCUUAAAAUGCACCUGGGAGUGAAUUUAUCUAAUGCUUUACAACAAUUAGAAAGUGUUAAAGCUGCCGUAGAUCAGAGUGAUGAUCCUAAGUUAAAGGCAGCUACAAAUGACGACUUAAACCUUCUUAUAAAUCUUUUGGAAAGCCCCAUUCUAAAGAGCAUUGCUACUUUACAUGACUCUGUUGGAAUGCUUGCCACUCAAGUGGCACAUCAUCCAUCAAUAUUACCAGGAGACUUUGACAUCACACCAGCUGGUGAUUUAGCAUUACAAACUAGAAAUCUUUAUGGUGCUCAUGAGGGAGAGGAAGAACAACGUGUGCCCCAAGUGUCUCCCCCGCACAGUCUAGAGUUUGGGUCUGGUUCUGACAAUGAACGCAUUCUAGGUCUAGACUCUGCCUCCGUUGACUCUAACAUGUCCCCUAAACAGACAAGGGGUUUGCUAGAAAUCUCGCGGAACGAUGACUCAUUGGCAUCAGCAUCAACCAGUAUUGUGGCUGGUGAUUGGGCUCAAGUUGAAAUUAUUAACUUGGUUAAUGAUGGAACUGGACUUGGCUUUGGAAUAAUUGGCGCCAGAACCAGUGGUGUGAUAGUGAAGACCAUAUUGGCUGGUGGUGUGGCAGAUCGGGACGGCAGAUUGAAGUCUGGUGACCACAUUUUACAGAUUGGAGAUGUAAGCUUGAUGGAGAUGGGGUCGGAGCAGGUGGCGGGCGUGCUGCGCGCGUCGGGCUCGCGCGUGCGUCUCGUGGUAGCGCGCGCCGUGGACCCCGCAGCCGUGCACGCGUCCAACGCACCCGUCGUGCCCGCCAGGUUGCUGUCGAGUCCUGAAGCGUUGGACCGCUAUCUGAUGGAUGCGGGAUUCGAGCAAGUGUUUCACACUCAGCCUACGACUUUAACAUUGAACUCCAGUGUAUCCCGAUUUGUAUUCGAUGCUUCUAUUACUCCACCACCGGAAUCCGAUGCAGAAUCACCUGAGGUCGAUAGAUUCACUGUUCAAUUGAAGAAAGAUGAAAACGGCUUGGGCAUCACAAUUGCAGGUUAUGUGUGUGAGAAGGAGGAAUUAUCGGGAAUAUUCGUCAAGUCGGUGACGCCGGGCAGCGCGGCGGCGCUCAGCGGUAAGGUGCGCGUGAACGACCGCAUCGUGGCCGUGGACGGCGUGUCUCUCGCGGGGAAGUCCAACCAGCGGGCGGUCGACGCGCUCAAGCAGAGCGGGAACAUCGUCACUUUGGAGCUGGAAAGGUACCUCAGGGGUCCCAAGUUCGAGCAGCUGCAGCAAGCGAUCGCGGCGGGCGAGAGUGCGGCGGCGGCGGCGACGGCUCACAACCCGUUCCUGCACAUGCAUCGCCCCGAGCCCGCGCAGCCCGACCACGACAUACAGAUGACGCAUCUCCAGAGCCCGUUGGAAACAAAUGCAGAGGAGAGCGAGCCGUCCCCCCCUCGCAGCCCCGUGCCGCCCCCCGCGCCACGCGCCGUGCCUCAGUUCGAGAUGCCGCGCACGCAGGAACAAAAGGACGCCAUCAAGAGGAAGUGGCAAGCUAUCCUUGGAGAUGAAGUGGAGAUCGUGGUGGGUGUGGUGGUGAGGGGUGGCGGUGGGCUGGGCAUCUCGCUGGAGGGCACGGUGGACGUGGAGGGCGGGCGCGAGGUGCGGCCGCACCACUACGUGCGCUCUGUGCUGCCCGAGGGGCCCGUGGGCCGCGCCGCCGUUCACCGCCCCGGGGAUGAGCUGUUGGAGGUGAACGGGCAUCGGCUGUUAGGCAUGAACCACCUUGAGGUGGUGUCCAUUCUGAAAGAAUUGUCGAGCGAAGUGUGCAUGGUGUGCGCACGGCCUCGCCCCGCGCCGCCGCUGGAACUAGCGCCUCCCGCUGCUACCCUGGUAAAGGCAAAGUCGGACGGAAGUCUGGCGGGCGCAGGCGCCGAGGAGGGUGGUGCGUUGGGCGCGGGCGGCAAGGUGCGCUCGCGGAGCCUCGAGCCGCUCACCGGCCUCGCCAUGUGGUCCUCUGAGCCGCAGAUCAUUGAGUUAGUGAAGGGUGAGCGUGGACUCGGUUUCUCGAUCCUGGACUACCAGGACCCCCUGCGUCCGUCUCACACUCUGGUGGUGAUCAGAUCGCUGGUCCCUGGCGGCGUGGCGCAACAGGACGGCCGGCUCAUACCGGGAGACAGGCUGCUGUUUGUCAAUGAUCAGAACUUGGAGAACGCGAGCCUAGAGCAAGCGGUGGCAGCGCUGAAGGGCGCGCCGCGGGGCGUGGUGCGCAUCGGCGUGGCCAAGCCGCUGCCGCUGGCCGACGCGCCGCCGCCGCUGCCCGCGUCCGCGCCGCCCGCCUACUCCACGCAAGACUAACAAGGACCGAUGUAUGCUCACUACACCUAUAUAUACUCUAUCCACGGAGAGAAUUUAGUACAGGGCUCUCUUUGUUACGUAAUCCCAUACGAAUGACAAAGACAAAGAGGACCAAUGUAUGUAUGAAACGUACAAAAUGAGAUCUCACUCGAAAUUUUAACUCUCUCUGUCAACUGUCAUGUCAAAAGUAGUUCAAAAAAUAAGGACUAGGUACAAUCGGACUUGACAUGACAGUUGACACAAGUUAAAAUGGUGAGUGAGAUCUGUUUUGUACGUAUUAUUUUGAAAAGAAAGAAAGAAAAAGUGUUUGUUUGGUGCCACAGAAAGUAAAAUAAAAUAAUAAUAAUUAUUGAAUGAAUAAUGCUCGAAAUAAGAUGCGCGGUGUACCAACCAAAAUGGACUCCACUCAGCAUUUGCUGCGCCUGUGUCGGGAACGGAGGCACAGCGCCAGUCUUCCGUGGAGCCAGAAGUUAUUGAGAUAGAGUAGUACAGAAAACAGAGAGACUUUUGUCUGUGGAUAGAGUUUAGUAUGAGAUUUGACACCUCAAGUGAGUAGAAUUUGAGCGUCGAAAUAUAAUAACAUCAAAUAAUGUUGGAUAGACAGACAGGCGUUUCUUUGCGGAAGUCCAUGAUAUACAAGGAAUUACAAACUUAAUUCGCCAAAACAGCCAAAUCUGUAUGGCACAAUAUGCAGCAUGGGAUAUGUUGCACCCGCCCUUCUACUACUAGAAGCAGGAAAAGCAAGCAAUACACAAUUGCAUUAAACUGCAAUUGUGCAUUACGGAGUCUACAUCCUCUGAUGAUGCUCCUGUGUCAAUGUGAAACGUAUGUUAAGUAUGUUCUAGAAGAUUUGUGUGGUGAUGUGUAUUGCUUGCUUUUCAUGCUUUAGUAGUGGGAGGGCGAGCUUUGCAUGUCGCAUACUGCACGUUUUACCAUAUAGAUUGAUUUGUUUUGGCGGAUUAUAGCUAAUUAAACUCGAGUUUCUUGUACAUCAGAGGAAACCGGACCUAAAAGUCCUUGAUUUAAAAUGAAUUCUGUUAAAAAUAAUGGAUGGUCAGUGUUUUAAAUGUAGUCACAAAAAUUGAGGAACGCUGCUGACGUAUAGAGCGUGUAUUUGUUUAAGAUUCAAAUAAAACUUUUUUUUUAUAGAUUGAAUUCUGACAACUAUUAGAUUAAAUAGGAUUUUACUGUCGCUAAUAUUAUCAAGGUUUAAUAAUUUUAUGAGACCUAUUGAUGAAGAUUGUACUUAAAUAGAUAUAAUAAUUUUUGAUUAUCGAAUUAUCGUACGGGAUAACAAUAAUAUCCCAUACCAUAAAUCAAUAAAGAUAUGUUUAGAAUUUAUUGGAUUGUUAUCAUUUUAUUAUUGUUAUCAGCAUUCCAUAAUUAUUUUAAUCUAAUUGAAAUUGUUUUAAAAUAUCCUUUUUGUGUAAAUAAAAUUAGGAAAUAAUAGAUUUAUUAUGCUUUGUAAGUUAAUAUGGUUUAAACAUUUUCUCAGUAUUUCGUGUAUUUUGUUAAUUUUACGUUCGUUUAUAUAAAAUACCUAUCUACAUGACGAUACUAUGACUAAAUAAAAUUAAUAACUCAAAUAUAGGUAAUAAGGUAGACAAAUAAAUUAUAUUAUUAUAAAUAAAUAAAAGUCUUUUAUUUUAAAAUUAGAUAAUAUAUUAUAUUUUAGUAACAAAAAUAUUUACAUCUCUUCUAUUACCAAUCACAACAGUUUUCUAACUUAAACUAUCACAAGUAAAUCUUAUAUGUAUUUUAAAACAUAAAAACUGGUCAGUUGUCAGAACUUGUACAGUUCUGUAACCAUGCUAGUUGCUAAAAACUUUGGCAGUCAUUAUUUCUUAAACGGUAGUUUAUUUUUCAAAAACUAUCUAAAAAGCUCUUGAUUUCAAAAUACAUAUUUAACAAGGUAUCACUCGAGAGGAUAAACUGGUUUUUCAACUCCCACUUUUUAUGUUUAGGGGGUGGUAUUAUCUUAUUCGAAUUUUUUUUUUUUUAAUUUAAAUAUUGCUCUGUGCUAUAAGUUUUCUAACUUUACAAAAUUUUUGUCUUACAGCGUUUAUAGUUUAUCUUUUUAGGCUGUGACUUACAGAAAGACGGUCAGACGGACUGUUCUUGGACGGUUCCUACUGCGGCGGUAUUCUGUGUGACGUAAUUCAUACUAACUACAUAAAUUCCCGGCCCGCCUUCGCUUUUCUGUGUUUAGUGUCAAUAUUCCCUAUUAAAA